AUGGCGUUUGUAAGUGAUCUCUGGAAUUCACUCGUUGGUAACAACGAUAAAGAAGAAAGAACCUGGCGAGAGCUAUCAAGAUUUUACUUUGACGGUAGUAGAAAAUACUUUUCUGUAUCAGAAGUUGAUAAAGAAGCCCAACCUAUUGUGUUUGGCGAAUGUCAUAAGAUUGCAUUCAAUAGGCACGGGUUCGGUUACCAUUUUACACCGCUCAAUUUUAUUAGUGUUUACCACAUCGACACGAGACGAGCCGAAGUCAGGAUGCCGUCCGGCCACAUAGACCAGCCUCAGAUCGAGGACAACAGAGAUGGAACAGUCAGCAUCAAGUAUGAACCGCGAGAGGAAGGAGUCCACGAACUCUUCGUCAAGUACAAUGGUGAACAUGUUCAAGGUUCACCAUACAAGUUCCACGUGGACUCCAUAUCUUCAGGAUACGUGACGGCUUACGGUCCUGGUCUCCUGAACGGUGUGAGUGGAGAGCCUAGCGAGUUCACCAUCAGCACCAAGGGAGCAGGCUCCGGUGGACUGUCCAUGGCUGUGGAGGGACCUAGCAAAGCUGAGAUCACAUGCCAUGACAACAAAGACGGUACAGUCUCCGUGUCGUACUUGCCCACCGCUCCUGGAGAAUACAAGAUCUCCGUCAGGUUCGGAGACAAACACAUCAAGGGAUCCCCUUACACUGCUAAGGUCACCGGUGAGGGUCGCAAGAGGAACCAGAUCUCUGUAGGCAGCUGCAGUGAAGUCACUCUCCCUGGCAAGAUCAACGACAAUGACAUCCGCACCCUUAAUGCUUCCAUCCAGGCACCAUCCGGCUUAGAAGAGCCCUGCUUCCUCAAGCGUCUUCCCUCUGGCAACAUUGGCAUCAGCUUCACUCCUCGCGAAGCUGGUCAGCAUAUCGUCUCCGUGAAGAAGAUGGGUGUCCACAUCCAGAACUCACCGUUCAACAUCACCGUACUGGCUCAGGAAGUUGGUGACGCCAAGAAAGUCAAGGUUUCUGGCAACGCCCUGAAGGAAGGCAAGACUCACGCCGAGAACACCUUCAGUGUGGACACCAGGAACGCUGGUUACGGUGGUCUCUCACUCUCCAUCGAAGGUCCCAGCAAGGCUGAGAUCCAGUGCGCAGACAGCAAGGAUGGCGUGUUGGCUAUCAGCUACAAGCCCACUGAGCCAGGGUACUACAUCGUCAACCUGAAGUUCGCUGACCAUCACGUUGAGGGUUCUCCCUUCACCGUUAAGGUCACCGGUGAGGGCAGCAACAGACAAAGAGAGAAGAUUCAGAGGCAGAGAGACCCUGCUCCUCUCACGGAGGUCGGCACCAACUGCAAGCUGACCUUCAAAAUGCCAGGCAUCACCUCCUUCGACCUGGCUGCCACCGUCACCAGCCCUGGUGGUGUCUCCGAAGACGCUGAGAUCCAGGAGGUGGAAGAUGGCCUCUACUCCGUCCACUUUGUUCCUAAGGAGUUGGGAGUCCACACAGUGUCUGUCAAGUACAGGGAAAUUCAUAUUCCUGGGUCACCCUUCCAGUUCACGGUAGGUCCCCUCAGGGAUUCCGGAGCCCAUUUGGUCAAGGCUGGUGGUCCAGGUUUGGAGAGAGGAGAAGCUGGACGCUUCAACGAAUUCAACGUCUGGACUCGUGAAGCUGGAGCUGGUCAGCUUGCCAUCUCCCUGGAAGGUCCCAGCAAGGCUGAGAUCGACUUCAAAGACAGGAAAGAUGGAUCCUGUGAUGUGUCCUACAAAGUUGAUGAGCCUGGUGAAUACCGCAUCGGUCUCAAAUUCAACGAGCAGCACAUCCCUGACUCACCCUUCAAGGUCUACAUCUCACCAGCUGUUGGAGACGCCCACCUUCUAGAGGUGGCUCAGUUCCCUGACUCAGCACAAGUCGAUAAACCAACACAGUUCUACAUCAGGCUCAAUGGAGCCAAGGGUAGCUUGGAUGGCAGGGUGAUCGCCCCAUCAGGCAAGACCGACGACUGCUUCAUCCAGAACAUAGACGGAGACCAGUACAGCAUCAGGUUCAUGCCAAGGGAAAAUGGUGUUCACAACAUCAAUGUCAAAUUCAAUGGAGUCCAUAUUCCUGCUUCUCCGUUGAGGAUCAAGGUCGGAAAGGACGACGCCGACCCUGCAGCGGUUCACGCUCAUGGACCUGGUUUGGGGGCAGUCAAGACUGGUGUGAAGACGGAUCUGAUCAUCGACACAUGCAAUGCUGGAGUUGGUCUGCUGGCUGUCACCAUGGAUGGACCUUCAAGAGUCGCUAUGGACUGUACGGAUGUAGAUGAAGGUUACAAGGUUCGUUACACACCUCUUGCACCUGGAUUCUACUACAUGAGUAUAAAGUACAACGGCGCCCACAUCGUCGGAUCACCGUUCAAGAUUGAAGCUACCGGUGCAAACCUCGCUGAAGUAGGAGCUCAGGAAACAUCAUCAGUAACUGUGGAAACAGUCCAGAAAGUCGCCAAGUCCAUGCAGAAGCAAGGUCCAGUACUGCCCAACUUCAAAUCAGACGCCUCUAAGGUCACCAGCAAGGGCAUGGGGCUGAAGAAGGCGUACCUUAACAAACACAACCAGUUCACGGUGCACGCUGGUGAUGCUGGUAACAACAUCCUGUACGUUGGUAUCUACGGACCCAAAGGUCCCUGUGAUGAGGUCCAGUUGAAACACAAAGGAAAGAACAACUAUGAAUGCUGGUACGUCGUCAGAGAUAGGGGAGACUACAUCGUCAUCGUCAAGUGGGGAGAUGAACACAUCCCCGGCUCCCCCUACAAGGUGGAAGUCUAA